AGCGAGGAGCGGCCGCACAGCGCCCGGCGGGAGAACUACAUGUCCCGGCGUGCUCCGCGCGCGGCUGCCCCACCCCGCCCUGCCCUGCUGCGAGGCGCUGCCGGCGCGGGAGGGGCGGCGAGAUGAGCAGGGUGCGGGCGGACGAGGAGGAGUACUGGCACAGCUCCAAGUUCCGGGCCUUCACCUUCGACGAUGAGGAUGACGAGCUCUCGCAGCUAAAGGAAUCCAAACGGGCAGUGAACAGCCUUCGGGAUAUUGUCGAUGAUGAUGAUGAUGACCUCGAGAGAGUCAGCUGGAGUGGAGAACCUGUGGGAAGUAUCUCCUGGUCAAUCAAAGAGACAGCCUCUGGCAGCACUGGCUCCCUGGAUGGCCGAGACUCCAGCCUACAGAAAGGCUCUUCCUCCUAUGCUGCUCUUCCCAAACAAGCUUCUUCCUACUCCCUAAGCAGCCUGUUCAAAGGACGAAACAAACUCUCAAGUUUCCAGUCCCUUUCAGAUGCCCUCACCGACACGGGAGUUAAAAGCUAUGCCCCAGAGCUGCGCAGACCGAAAGCUGAGUACAAGGAUUACAGCAGUGACUGGAGCCCCAAAGAUACAGUCAGGCGAAUGCAGAGGGGCAAGGUCUGCUCUCUAGAGAGAUUUCGCUCCCUGCAGGACAAGCUGGUGCUCUUGGACGAAGCUGUGGCAGGGCAUGAUGGGAAUGUCAUUACAGCUGUCCUGAUAUUCCUGAAACGGACGCUGAGGAGAGAGAUCUUGUUUCGGGAGCUGGAGGUGCGGCAGGUGGCCUUGUGCCAUCUGAUCCAUUUCCUCAGAGAGACGGGCGAGCAGAAGUUCCUUCUGGAUCUGCUCAGGUUCUUAGACAGGACUGAGGAAGUUGCUCUGUCUCAGUACCGGGAGCAUUUGAACAUCCAGGAUGUAGAAAAAAGGAGGGAAUUUCUGAAAGGUUGCAUCGGGCUGCCAUUUUCAGCUGAGGACACCUCCCACAUCCAAGACCAUUAUACGCUGUUGGAGCGACAGAUCAUCAUUGAGGCUAAUGAUCGGCACUUGGAGAUGGCUGGGCAGUCCGAGCUGUUUCGGAAAUAUCCUCGCAAGGCUUCAAUUCUCAACAUGCCACUAGUGACCACCCUCUUCUAUUCCUGUUUCUACCACUACACAGAGGCUGAGGGAAUGUUCAGCAGCCCCACCAACCUGAAGAAGACAUUUAAGAUUCCUGAUAAGCAGUAUGUGCUGACUGCCCUGGCAGCCCGUGCCAAGCUGCGAGCCUGGGGUGAUGUGGAUGCCCUCCUCACCACCAAGAACUGGCUGGGUUACACCAAGAAGAAGGCACCUAUUGGCUUCCACCGGGUGGUGGAGAUCUUGCAGAGGAACAAUGCUCCUGUGCAGGUGCUGCAGGAAUACGUGCGCCUGGUGGAAGAUGUGGAGACCCGGCUGAACCUCGCUACCAAAUACAAGUGCCAUGAUGUUGUCAUAGAGACCUACCGGGAUCUAAAGGAUCGUAUCCAGCUGACAGCAUAUAAAUCCAAGGUGGAGCGGGGCUCUGCAGAAGAAGAGAAGAUACACAGCAUUCUCAGCAACAUGCAAAUCCGGUGGAAGAACUGAACACCUGUGAAACAGCCUGUUUGGCCGUCACCUUGUCACUGAAAGAGGGAACUGCAAAACCCAGGCCAGUGCCAACAGAGCAGCUCUGUUACUACUCAUUGCAUGAUCAGCGUUCGUCGGUGACAGUGGUGCCCAUGGCUUGUGGGACCGUGGCGUUCAGGCUGGUUGAAGACAGCUACUAAACUGUAGCUGGCAAAACCAUGGUACCGAUCCAUCAGGGUUGAUUCUUUUUGGAAUCUGAUUGUAUUUGACCUGGCUAUAAGCCAGGCAUCACUUGUGUGUAUGGAGGGAAGUUGCUGGGCACAGCAAGAUGAAUGUUUGCUCUGGGUGGUGCCUGGGCUUGUUCUUGCAAGAGGAAUGUGUCAGUCACAUUUGUGAGUCUUUCCACCAGAGAGUGCUGACCAGUCCCUGUAACAGUCAGGCUGGCUUGGGCAUCACUAAUCAUGGCUGUGGCUGGAGUAAAACCUACCUGUACCAUGUUCUCCCAGUGUGAAAGUGCUGGGAGGCAAAGGACCACUUGUUUUUUUUGUUUUUUUUUUCUUUUUUUAAUUCUGACACUCUAGGAAAAGAGGUGUGUGAACUCCUGCAGAGAGCCAAGACAGCAACCAGUCUGCCAGUAUCCUCCUGCUAGCACUCUGCAGAAUUUGGAAGAUCCCUUUAUCAGGGAAAUACCUAGUGUAGAGGUGGUCAGAGUCCUGAUGGGUUGGAUGGAGAGCAAGCAGGAACCUCUCUCAGUUGACACAAACCUGCUGGCCCCAGCAGCUCUUUUCUCAGAAAGUGUUAUGCCAGGAAGGAUGGAAAUGCACUUUCUCAGAAACACAACUCCUCAGGCAGCUGCUAGCUUCAUCCUUUCAGACCUCACUUCAAUUCUGUAAAUAAAGCUGUCUCUUUCUCCUUGGCCUGUUUCUUUCCUUUCCCCACUAAAUACGUUGUCACUCUUGAGUGUUAAUCCUGAGCAAUUUAUCACCUCCCACAAAAGGAGUUGCAGGAUGUUUUUUAAUGUUCUGAAAAGCACAGUGCAUGUCACCCUGGAGUGACAUUGCUUGCAGCAGUACCUUAUUUAACACCUUCAGUGCCAUCAGCACAGAUGAAUUAAUUUUAGAGUUUGUAGGAGAGUUUGCUGCCACAGAGGGUCACACAAACAUGAGAGUAGAUUUGGAUUCCAGCCUCUGCAGCACUAUGAACUGUCUUUUUUUUUUUUUUCUGUUGGUGUUAGUUUUUUGUUUUUUGUUUUUUUUUUUCUUAUGGAGUCAUUUGGGUUGGGAGGGACCUCUUGAUCAUCUAGUCCACUCAUGCUUUAGCAGGAUCACCUGGAACAGGCAGACCAUGACUGUGGCUAUGUGGGUUUUCGGUAUCAUCACAGCUGGAGAUAACUCACCUUCUCUGGGAAACCUGUUCUGAAUUUGGCAACAGUCACAGUAAAAAGUGGGUUUGUGUCUUCAGAUGGACCAGCACAUUUCAGUUUGUGUCCAGUGCCCCUUGUCAUCACUGGGCACCACUGAAGAGAGUCUGGGUCCCUUUCUUCACUCCCUGUCAUCACAUACUUGGACAGAUUGAUAAGAUUGCCUUUGAUCUAGGGCCAUUUAAGGCGAGGGAGGCUAAAAUUAAUAGUAACAAGUCUAAUGCAGCUUGUAUUUUAUGUAGCUCAUACUAAUUGAGUAAUGUUAUCUACAGGCUGCAUAUAAAGUCAUAUAACCCCAUAAACUCUUAGAUAAGACAAAUGGGGAGAAUAGUCCUCCAGUGAGAUGUUUGGAAUAAAAUCCUCUUUCUAAUCAUCUCAGGGAAGAGACAAAACAGGGUUUAUUAAAUAGCUUUUUAUAGAUCUUGAAAACUAGCCAGAUCCCAAGGCUCGGCUGUUUCAGCUAAAGACUUUAAAUCAGCCUGCAAGGACUGGGCCAGGCAGCUGAGCUCUUUGCAUUUUUAUUCCUUUGUGUCACUCUGCUACUGCCUUUGCUAUGUAAGAACAGUGAUGGGCAGCCACCUAAGUCCCUCUGUGCCACGUUGGGCAGGCAGACACUGCUACCGGUCUGGUAGCAGUGGUUUGUGUUUCACCUGCAUGUGGCAGAGCACAGGUAACUGUGUUCCAGUGCCUCGAGGUGUGCCGGUUCAUCAGCUCUGCUGUCUCUCUGAGCUUUUGAGUCCCUUUCACCUUGCCUAGUGCAAUAGCCCUGCAGAAGCAGAGCUUUACCUGCUUUUAUAACAAUGCUUAGCUGGUGGCCUGGGAGGACAUUGUGUUCCUCUGCUGCCUCCUGUCACACAUGCUGUCCGUCUGCUGUCAUUUGCCCUGUCACUGUGUACAGCCUUGACACCUCCAUCCUUCCCCUCAAGAAAAAUGGACCAUGUAAUUUCAGAGCCUGGAACUGUCACCAAACUCAGGAAGAAAUUAAACUCUCUGACCCUAUCUUUGAGAUGUCAGUGAGUUGUGUUACUUUAUUCUGCUAGGGAUGUGCAGUGAAAAUCAUUCCAACUGCACAUUCUGUACAAGAUUUAUGCAUAUUUAUACAUUUAUCAAAAACAAUUUGUGAGCAAACAAGCUUUAUGUCAUGGGUGGCCCUAUGUCAAUUUUUUUAUGCUGGCAGACCCAACACCUAACUCAUUCUUCUUAAGACACAAAAUAUUCACAUACUGCAGUGAACUCAUACAACUCCUUUAGAGUUAAAAGAACUCAAACAUCUGAGCAAACUCUACCAUAAAAGCUGCUAAUUUACUAACUUACAUGUGGCCUAAAAAAACUUCACAGUGCACCUUUCACCAUGCAGUUUCACUGCGGGAUUUACUGCAGGACUCGAACCUGCAAUUUCUGGGUUUUACCACUGGAUGGAACUCGAUCCCAUUGUUUCUACAAAAGGGGACCCGAAACAUCCGAACCACCACCCUGUAAUGAGUGCGUUGCUGAGUGUGCUUGAAGCACCCCUGGUGCUCACCGUGUCCUCAUGGCAUAUCGGUUAUAUGACUUUUAUGUGCAGCCUGUCAAGGACUUCUGGUUACUCAGUUAGUAUGAGCUACAUAAAAUACAAGAUACAUUAGACUUGUUACUAUUAAUUUUUAAAUCCCUCACCUAAAAUGGUUUUAGAUCAGAGGUUUCAAACCAGACAGGUCUGGUUGUCAGUGUGAUUCCUCCCAGCAGUGUGAGAUGAGAAUAUAUCAUCACAUCUGUGUGCACACUGGUAAUUGAUACUUGGUUUUUGUUCAUCCUGCAAGGAAAAUAAAAUUCCAUGAAUA